AUGUUCGUCGCGGGCAAGGUGACAGAACGUAGUCUUGUUCAUCUAGCCCAGAGUAGCCCCGUUUCGUUUGCGAUCGAACUCAUCGAUACUGCUAUUCCGCUUGCUGAGGAGUUAAAAUGGCUGAAGGAAUUGAUACAAGUGGCACCGGUCAAGUCCAGGAAGGUCGUCUACAAUCACUCAGUCCAGUACCCGGGCGAUCACCUUUCCGUGUCAAUUCGCGAUUCAACGUCCACUAUGCCGGCGUUGACGAAUAGUGACAACAACCAUGCCACCAGCGGCGAGAGCCCUCCGGCGGCAAAUGAGGGGCAGGCCCUCCUGUCGAAGCGUGGCGGCGGCCAUGGCGGGGAGGUCAAAAAUGGAGAGAUGAGCUCGCUCACAGCGUCCCUCGUGACCGACGACAAAUCCGAAGUCGAGCACCUGAAGUUCAAGUUGAAGCUGGCGUGGGCGGAGCGGGAGAACGUCGACCUGGAGGUCAAGGUGGGGAGGAUCGAGAACGAGAACCGAAUCCUUAGAGCCAGGGUUGAAGGGCUCGAAGACGCGGCCCAGAACAGUAUCCGUACCGAAGCUGAGACUGAAGAGCUUCAGCAGGAGCUAGAUCAGUUGUACAGCGACAUUGGGGAGAAGAGCUUGGAGCUAGCCAUGAUCAAGACGUCUCUCAAGAACGCGGAGGAGGCAGAGCGCAUGCAGACAAGCAGGGACAAGGAACUCAGGAGUGUGCGUUCAGAGAACGUGAGCCUACGAGACCAAGUGCAGGCAAUCACGGACGAACUCGAUACACUCAAGAUCCGAUAUGACGAGGUCAAGACGUCCAACACCAAGCGGCUCAGUGAGAUGCUUGCGCUGAUGAAGGAGAACGAUCAGCUUCAGCCGCACAAUAUCAACCUUAAAGCCUCCAACAGCGGCCUCAUCGCCGAUAAUACGAAGCUGGGCGUCAAAGUUGACAGCCUGCAACUGAAAGUGGAAGUCCUCACCAAGGAGAAGAGAGAUAACCAACAGCAGAUUGCCCAGCUCACGGCGACGAACACCAAAUUGAACGACAAGAUUGAGAGCCUCGUGAGCAAGAUAGACGACCUCCAAGCUAAGAAUUUCCGGAGCCAGGAAGAGGUGAAGCGCUCAGCAGGCAUCCAGACCGAGGCCGCCUUUUUCAAGGCUAAGAACGAGAACCUGCAGCUGGACCUGACAGAGAUCCGCAAGGAGCUCCAAGAGACCAUCACAAAUCGUGACUGGCACAAGUCUAAUCAUGUCCAGCUGCUCGCCGAGCGGAACGCCAGGAACGCUGAGCGAGCCCAGGACGGUACUCUAGCCGGCAGACUUCGAGGCGAGAUCGGCAAGUUGAAGCAGGAAAACACGAGCUUGGCCUACCAGAUCAACACACUAAAGAAGGGCAUCGGAUACUACAUCACCGAACUGGAUCUCGCUGACGCCGGCCUUCGUGUCUUCAACUGUCGGCACGAGCGAAUCUCCGCCAUUCCCGAUGGGGAGAAUACCACUCGUGAGAAGACGGCCGGCUUUGUUGCCAAUGAGUUCUUCAGAGAUUGGGAGCGAGACGGCGAGUUCUUGAAUGAGUAUAUGAAUGCGCGGCUGACGAUCCUUAAACAUCAUCGUGCUCAUGAGCGGGUGAACCAGGGCAAGGGCGCUUCCUCGUCGCGACUCUUGGAUCAGCUUCGCCGGGUCGAUUACCGCCGAGACGUCCAUGUCACGUACCACUAG